CAUAAAGAUAUCGCCCAAAGCCGAAAGACUUGCUGUUCUCUUGUGAGAACAACAGUCAGCGCAGAGUAGCUCACAUCCAAAAGAUCUUGUCAGGAGUUUCACCAACAACUUCAUCUGUCUCGACUGGCUUCUUGUCAUGAACCAGCAGAAUAUGCAGCCACCUCUUCUUGGCCGAGUUGCACCCCACAGAUGUCUCCCUGUACUACAACGGCUAGGCAAUGCAGCAUCCUCUUCACAAGCUGUGCCUGUAGCCACGGCCACGACGCAGCGCAGACUGACGUCUCUGCACAGCCCAGUCGCAAGCUGCAGCUACCAGACAGCACGAAGCACCCAGUGCAGAAGUGCCUUGCUGUCCAGGAACACAGGCAUUGCUGGCCCCAAUGCUGGCGCCAGCAACUUCAGCAGCCGUAGCCUUGCUCGUUUUUCGAAUGCCCUCAGUGAAAGCGUGUUUCCCAGCCAGACAUCAACACCAAGUCCUCUACAUCAAAGGCAACAGCGCGGCUUUGCGGUUGUGGCAGCAGCGAGCGGGGGCGGCAAGAGAAUCACGCAGAAUGAGUUCACUGACAAGGCCUGGCAGGCCAUCAUCGCUGCACCAGAGAUUGCCAAACAGAGCAGCCACCAGAUUGUGGAGACGGAGCAUCUCAUGAAGGCCCUGUUGGAGCAGCCAAAUGGCAUGGCGAGGAGAAUCCUGGCCAAGGCAGGCUCCAAUCCCACAGAUCUCCUGGACAAGACUGACGGCUACAUCCGCCAGCAGCCUCGCAUCAGCGGCGACUCGCAGCAGGUGCUGGGGCGCAACCUGGAGGGGACGAUAACGCGCGCGCAGGACAUCCAGAAGGACUGGAAGGACGAGUUCACCAGCGUGGAGCACCUGGUGCUGGGCCUGCAGGACGACCCGCGCUUUGGCCGCGACCUGUUCAAGAAGGAGGGGCUGGACGCCAAGAAGCUGUCCGAGGCCGUCAAGCAGAUCCGCGGCUCCAACCGCGUCACCGACCAGGACCCGGAGGGCAAGUACGAGGCGCUGUCCAAGUACGCGCGCGAUCUGACGGCGGCCGCGCGCGACGGCAAACUGGAUCCGGUGAUCGGCCGGGACGACGAGAUCCGGCGCGCCAUACAGAUCCUGUCGCGACGAACUAAGAACAACCCCGUGCUCAUUGGCGAGCCCGGCGUCGGCAAGACGGCCGUCGCCGAAGGGCUGGCGCAGCGCAUUGUCACCGGGGACGUUCCAUCGUCGCUGCAAGACCGGCUGCUGAUGGCGCUGGAUCUGGGGGCGCUGAUCGCGGGCGCCAAGUACCGCGGCGAGUUUGAGGACCGGCUCAAGGCCGUCAUCAAGGAGGUCACCGACUCCAACGGCAAGAUCAUCCUCUUCAUCGACGAGAUCCACACCGUUGUCGGCGCGGGGGCCACCAGCGGCGCGAUGGACGCCAGCAACCUGCUGAAACCAAUGCUGGGCCGCGGCGAGCUGCGCUGCAUCGGCGCGACGACCCUCGACGAGUACAGGAAGUACAUCGAGAAGGACCCCGCCCUCGAGCGCCGCUUCCAGCAGGUGUAUGUGGACCAGCCCUCGGUCGUGGCCACCAUUGCCAUCCUGCGCGGCCUCCGCGAAAGGUACGAGCUGCACCACGGCGUGCGCAUCAGCGACAGCGCGCUCGUGGACGCGGCGGUGCUGGCCGACCGAUACAUCGCCGACCGAUUCCUGCCGGACAAGGCGAUCGACCUCGUGGACGAAGCCGCCGCCAAGCUCAAGAUGGAGAUCACAAGCAAGCCGCUGCACCUGGACGAGAUUGACCGCAAGAUCCUACAGCUCGAGAUGGAGCGCCUCUCGCUCGCCAAGGCGGCAAAGGCAGACAAGACGGCAGCAAUGCGGCUGUCGGGGCUGGACCAGCAGCUGACGCAGCUCAAGGCGGAGCAGGCCGAGCUGACCAAGCAGUGGGAGAAGGAGCAGCAGGAGAUGCAGCGCCUGCAGUCCAUCAAGAACGAGGUGCGCAUCGAGCGCGUGAACUUGGAGGUUCAGGCGGCCGAGCGCGACUACGAUCUGAACCGCGCGGCGGAGCUCAAGUACGGGACGCUGCUGCAGCUGCAGAAGCAGCUCAAGGAGGCCGAGCAGGCGCUGGAGCAGGAGACGGCGGGCACGGGGUCGCGCAUGCUGCGAGAGGAGGUGACAGAGACGGACAUCGCUGACAUCAUCAGCCAGUGGACGGGCAUCCCCGUUACUAAGCUGGUCGCGUCCGAGCGAGACAAGCUGCUGCACCUGGACGAGGAGCUGCACCGGCGAGUCAUCGGCCAGGACGAGGCAGUCAACGCCGUCGCAGACGCCAUCCAGCGGUCGCGCGCUGGCAUGGGCGACCCGAAUCGGCCCAUUGCGUCGUUCAUGUUCCUGGGCCCCACGGGCGUUGGAAAGACUGAGCUGGCCAAGGCGCUCGCAGAGUACCUCUUCAACACAGACCAGGCCAUGGUGCGGCUGGACAUGAGCGAGUACAUGGAGAAGCACACCGUCAGCCGCCUCGUCGGUGCGCCGCCCGGCUAUGUCGGCUACGAGGAGGGCGGCCAGCUCACCGAGGCUGUCAGGCGUCGCCCGUACGCAGUUGUGCUCUUUGAUGAGGUGGAGAAGGCGCACGCAGACGUCUUCAACAUCCUGCUGCAGAUCCUGGACGAUGGGCGGGUGACGGACAGCCAGGGGCGCACGGUGUCGUUCAAGAACACUAUCCUGAUCAUGACCAGCAAUCUGGGCAGCCAGGCAAUCCUGGAGGGCAUGGCCGCGCGAGACCAGGAACGCGUGCGCGAAACAGUCAUGGCCAUGGUGAAGGCUUCGUUCCGGCCGGAGUUUGUGAACCGCGUGGACGAGUUUGUUGUUUUCGAGGCGCUGAAGCUGAACGAGAUCCGCCAGAUCGUGCGCCUGCAGGCCAAGCGCGUCGAGCAGCGCCUCGCAGAAAAGAAGAUCAAGCUCGAGCUGGAUGAGUCAGCCGUCGACUACCUCGCGACCAAGGGCUUCGAUCCGGUGUACGGGGCGCGUCCGGUGAAGCGCGCGGUGCAGCGCGACCUGGAGACGGGCCUGGCCAAGGCGCUGCUGCGGGGGGACUUUGGGGAAGAGGACACAGUAAUAGUGGAGGCACCGGGGGGCGCCCAGGGGGACCACUUGGAAUUCCGGGCCAAGGACCGCGCCACGCCGCCCGGGCCGCCAGCUCUGCCGCUGGAGAUACUGGCCUGAGUCAGAGCUUGGACAGGGCUGAAAAAGACAGGGUAGAAAUUGUCUCUUUUAGUUGUGGUGCUUGGCUGGAGAUCCUGGCCUGACCGGCGUGAGUCAGUGUCCACUCGUGGUGGAAUGUGAUUGGCAAGAAAGAUGGGCAGACUUCACGAGGAGCUCUUGUGGCUGGCGGUGUGACUGGGAUCCUGGCCUGAGCUGUGGCUUUGGCCGGCAAAGGAAUUGGGGCGGAGCUCACAAGAAGGCUGUAAUGCUUGCCUGAGCUCUCACAGGGCGUACUGUGAAAGGCAAGAAAAUUGGGCAGAGGCUCUGGUGCUUGGCAGGAGAUCCUGGCCUGAGUUUCUGCUCUGACAGCGCUGAAAGGGACCGGCAAAGGAAGUGGGGCAAACCUCACAAGAAGGAUGGAGGUGUUGGCCUGAGUGCUCUGAGCUGUGGCUCCCAGGGGCGUAAAGUGAGUGGCAAUGAAAGAGGUAAGAGCUGACAAGGAGGCUUUCCUCCGGUGUGGUGCUUGCCUUGGCAGGGGUAUGUGGAGCAGGCACGGUCCCUGAGCUCACAGGCAUUAAUGGUGACAUCGCUGCUUUUAACUUUGCUGAGAGGCCGCAGUUAAGAGGGCAGUUUUGUUUCAGUUGGACAGCCAUCUCAAUUUCUGCUUGCCGGCGCCUGCUUCAUCAGAGGAGGUCAUAUUACAAUCACUCUGUGCCAUCUGGUGAUGUUGUGACGGUCGCUUUGUCAUGGUCAUCAAUUAUCAAAUCAUGACAGUAUUGUUGUGUAGCUGUGCACUUAAGGUUUGCUUAUUGUAUUCUGCUAAUUUUGUGACCUGUUGCAAGGGGUCGUUGGUCAUGUGCGUUUUGUGCUGGUGAAUAUUUGCAAACGUUUUACAUAGCGC